AUGCUGAUAGCCCGAGGCUCCCAGUGUUGUCGGAUGAGGCAUAAAGAAAAUGCCCGAGCUCCAUCACUUUCUGCUGGAGCGCUGGGCUUUAUAGUAUCCUUCCACAACUUGGAAUAUGACUCGUCUGAGGAGAAGAACCCACGUCUAAUUUUCUACGAUGAGAAGGACGAAGUCGUGAAGACCGUCCCCGUGAAGGAAAUGAAGGCGGACGAGAUCAGCAGCCUGCUGGACUCGCUCGGUUUCUACAAGAGGUCCCAGAAAGGGGAAGAGGUGCCAGAGGAGUUCCAGCAGUUCCCCCUGCACGCCCCCCGGGACGAGCUCUGA